GUCGGUUUUGGAUGGCAUCCCUUGCUAGCUCCUCACAUCACCACAGGUGGCAUGUGAUGGAAAGGAGCUUAUUGUUCAAAGGGAAGCAACUGCGUAAGUUUCAGCUGCAUCUCACGUCGAAGUGUACUGGAAUCAGGUUGAUAAAAAAACAAACAGCCUAUCGGCUACGUUCUCCUAAACUUCAUCAGGACUUGAUAGCUAUGGAUAAUGCAGACGAGUCAGGUUCCGACUUCGACGACGACUAUGAUGAGGACUUUGACGACACCGAUAGCUACUAUACUGAUGUUGAAGAGGAUGCUAGAUCAGAUGAAAGCUACAUGUCGGACAUUUGUAUUGAUCUGUCCAAAGAUGUUGGCGAUGAAAGUUACGCAGGUGAAGAUAGAAACGUAAUAGAAGCAGGAAGUGAUGAAGACGAUGAUAUUGAUGAGGAAGAUGAGGAAGACAAUGAUGUUUGCCUGGUCCAGCUAACUAAGCCUUAUAACCCAAGCAAGGAUGACGUGCAAGAUAGUGAUGAACAAUUUGAUAAAACUUCCGAUUUAGACUGGGGUAACUUGAAGGCACUGAUCAUGAUGGCUGAUGGUCCUGGCAUUGCGGACUGGUUCUCGAACAGAAAUAUUUCACCGGCAGCAAAAAACGAAACUGGUAACUUCUGGCCUUUGAAUCUUGCAGCCAGGAUUGGGAGUUUGAGUAUUUUCAACUUCCUACUAGGUGAAGGCUUCCCUUUAGAUACGCUUAUUCAUCCUUUCUUAGAAGCUUCCCUGAACCACGAGUUUGACAUCAUGGAGAAAUUGCUUGAAAUUGGUGUCGAUGUAAACGUAUGUGAUCUGAGCGGUGCGACAGCUCUGCAUUUAGUUGCCAAACAAGUGACCUGUAAGCCCCAAAAGAUCAAGUUUCUGUUGUCCAAUGGGGCUCGCAUUGAUCAGAAAGAUAAUUCAGGAAUGACUCCUCUUCACUAUGCUGUGAUGAUGGGAUCCAUGGGAAGUGUGAUAGCGUUCCUGAGGGCAGGUGCUUCUGUGAAUAUACUGAGUGGCAAAGGGAGGCCUGUUCUACAUAUGGCAGUGUAUCGAGGGCUGAAGAUGGUGGUCCUUCUGUACAAAGCCGGCGCCAGGCCGGGAACCUCUCCAGCAUAUAGUGAAGUAUCGGCAGCAUGGAAACACGAGAAUAUGAACCUUCUGAAGUUCUUUAUAAAAAGGAAUGCUUCUGUUAAAAUCCCUGUGACAAUGAUGACACGAUUAAACUUAGAUGACCUUGAUAAAGUAGGAAAGAUGUUGGAUCUGUUAGUUGGUGCAGGAUAUUGUCCUCAAUCAGAGCUGCUGCUUGAAGUGUCCAACAGUCCUGACUUCAGUAAGUCAACGUUGAACAGACUUCGACAGGUGGAGAGUAAUGCCAGAGGCUUACAGGAGCUUGCUUGUUUUAAGAUUCGGGACAUUAUCCGGAACCAGCCCCGAUCUAUCCUGGAGGUAGUGAGGCACCUCGACCUGCCCGACAUUCUGAAGGAUGUUUUAUUGUUGAAGGAUGUCAUCGGAAAGUGAUCAUCAUCAUAAUGUUGAAUUAUAUAAGCAAAGGCAGAAGUAACUAUAUCUUUUUAUCAUAUUAUUAUUAUCUUAUAUUUUUUCUUAGGAGUGCAUUACUCCAAACUUCUCACUUCAUUUUCUUUGAAAAUUUAAUGUUAAGAUUUAAUUGGGCUAAAAGGCACACCAUAAUCAUUCUAUAUAUAAAAUCAAAUCAGCCCCUUUAGAGAUCUACAACCCCUUUGAAGAUAUCCAGCCCCUUUUAGAGAUCUCCAGCCCCUUUAGAUAUCUACAGCCCCUUUAGAUAUCUACAGCCCCUUUAGAGAUCUACAGCUCCUUUUGAGAUCUAAAGACCCUUUAGAGAUCCACAGCCCCUUUAGAGAUCUACAACCCCUUUGGAGAUAUCCAGCCCCUUUUAGAGAUCUACAGCCCCUUUAGAAAUCUACAGCCCCUUUGGAGAUCUAAAGACCCUUUAGAGAUCUACAGCCCCUUUGGAGAUGUACAGCCCCUUUAGAGAUGUACAGUGAUGUACACCGGUGGCUAUUACGAGUUAUGUCCCUUCUAUGUUCCUCCUCUUUACCAAUCAGAUUCCACAUCUCAUAUCACUUGCAUUUGCUUCAAACAAAAUGGAAGUGUACAGUCAAGAUGUUAUGAUCAAUAAUCAAGAUCUGUAUUGUAAUGAAACAGACAGUUAACUCCCUUGCCUCAGGUAGAUGCACUGGCUUGUCUUCACAAGCAGUCUGUGAGGUGUAUAUUACUAGGCACAGACAAAUACAUUAUGAAAUAAUUUGUCAGUAAUUAUCCCUGAGCAUUAUUAUGACUUACUUCGUGAAGUCCUUUGCCAAGGCUUGGGACCAAUGGAUCAAUUCACCUGGGACAGGUAAGACUUAAUUCCUUGUAGCUUGGAGGUUAUUCUCUGAACAAACUGCAUCACAAUUAUCAUGACGAUUAUUAUAGGAGAAAAAGAACAUAAUAUGAUCAGUUGCUUUUGCCUUUGAUUAUAUAUACUACUCAAAAGAAGUUAAAGAAGACCUUACAUAUUACUGUAGUAGCUUUAGUAACAUAACAGAAUUGUGUGUUCUUUAACUUCUUUUGAGUACGUUUACCAGAUUUGUCAACCUCUCAUGUUGAAGUGAUAUUUAACGCAUUCAUGGGUGUUCAUCCAACACUGAGGGAAGCAAAAUCAAUAACAAAGUGCCGUGGUCAGUCAGGUCAAGUUUAAAUCCUUUUCCGUUUUGUGGAUGAAAAACAUUAAUUUCUAUUUUUUUAAAUUUUUGUCAUAACUCUAUUAUCUAGAGAGCUUUUUCACAAAAUUGACCCGUACAAUAUUUUAAUUUUCUAAAAUGUAGCCUUCUUGAAUUGGUCUUUGAAUUAUGACCAAGAAAAUCACUAAAAGUAAAGUCUUGGCCUUGCCUGAAGAGAGUCGACCAUAUGCUCAUGUUUUGUAUAAUGUAAAAUAUAACAAAUCAAACAAAAUAAAACAAUGUGGUUUUUUUAUUUCAUACAUUUCAUUAAGGAGUUGUUUUCUACUUAGUCAACCCUAUUCUGGAAAUUUUAAAUAUAAUGGAAGAUUAUUUACAUAUCGAUGAGAUCAUCAACAAGAAUAGUCCUACUAGACACUGAGUGUUGUCGUUGUUUUGCACCUGUCUGUAAGUUCUCUAGAUUGGGCCAAGGAGGCCAAUGGUUGGUAGCAAAUAAUUCAUGUGUGUAUGAAUGUCGAAAAACAAAGGACAUUCCAUCAUUCCAUGGAUACUUUAAUGCACAACUGGGUGAUACAGAAUCAGUGUAUACAAUCAAUAAAUAAUACAAUCUCCACCAGCAGAAGAGUUGCAGGAACCUGGAAUUAUGGUACAAGUACUGGGGGGUCAGAAUCACCAUGAUAGUGAGUUGGGUUUAAGGCCGCUUUUUUAACAGUUUUCCAGUUAUAUCACGGCGUGUCAGCUUAAUGUGGGAGGAAAGCCAGAAGUGAUGCAGGCCCCAGACGUGUACCACUUCGGUAAAACC